GGAGAGCCCAAAAAAUAAAGGCGUCUUCAUCGUCGUCAUUCCUGCUUUCAUGUGCCAUUCAAAAUAGAUAUGCAUUGCUUCCAAACCUAUGGUACUCUCAAAUUCAUCUUAUAAAUGUGCGACGCAAUGAACCCUAGCCGUGUUGAUCCGCCGGCUGACUCUGAAGAGAGCACAAUGAGCUCCAGCCUUGUUGAUCAGCCAGUUGACUCUGAAGACAAUAACAACAACAAGAGCCAGACAGCCCCGUUGCUGGUUGAAGUCACUGACGAUGGCUCCCUACAAGCACAGUCGCAAGAAAAGAAUGAGACUACCAGCUCUUCUAGACAAGGACAGGGAUCAGAAUGGUCACCAGGGGCACUCAGGCAAUUUCCCUACUCCGGCAUACUAUCUCUCCUCGGGUGCAUUUCGUGCAUAGCCGCCACCAUCGCUAUACUAAAGGCUUCCGACGGCCAGCCAACUGACGACUGGUCCCUUUCGCCAACCGUCUACCUGGCGCUUCUCACGACGGCCCUCAACAGGCUCGCGCAGGUUGCCUUCAGCGAGGGCGUCAAGAUAGUGUGGUGGAGGGCCGCCAUUCGUGGCACGACGGUGUCCCAUCUGCACAGGUACUGGGCCAGUGGCGACAGCACCGUCUCUGCCUUGCGGCUCGGCCGGGGAUUCAACAUUGUCUCGCUGGCAAAACUCGCCGUCACUCUCAUCGCCAUCGACCAGCCGCUCAUCCAGAGAGCCUCGUCCGUCGUGGCCCAGCACCCGGAAAAUCCCGUCUCGGUAUCGGCUCCCAUAGCUCCUGAGAUUCCCUACGGCUACACGGCAAGCCAGUUUGGUCGAGCCCUGAACGUGGCUGACGCGAGCAUGACGGUCCCCAUGCUCGCGGCAUUCGGUGCUUACAACUCCAAGGCUGCCAUCAUUCACAACUUCACCGGGUGCGCUGGCACUUGUACUGGUGCUGUGCACGCAGGCGGCUUCACGGCUAAUUGCUCAACUAACAGUAUCGCAGUUGACGUCUUGUCGCUAAUUCCGCCAGUGAGUGGUCUCCAGCAGAGCCACACAUCAAUGUCGCCUUUCAACGUCUCUUGGAACGUGGAUUUCAACUCGACACGGCGGACAGCCGAUAUUUCGUUCCUGGCUUAUUUUAUUAACAAAAUGUCUCCGGAAACUUGUACCUCGACCAUCAUGGUUCAAAAACAGUGUCGAUUGCAGCUUGCAACACUCGAGUAUCCCGUCCAACUGCAAGGCGAAACCCUCACCUUCACAGAAGCAAUUGAUAAUCUGACGGUAAUAUCCCUACAGCCGUCCGCAGCAGACGUCAAUUUAACAGUCGAGGAAGAUGGAGGCCUCUUGUACACAGGGUGGACAACUGUCGGUUUCGCUCUUGCAGCCACAUCCAUAUUCACCUCCAAGGCGACCUACAACUGGAUUCAAGGAGCAAUACAACUGAGCCUGCCGGAUGUCCUCUCCAACCAGUUUAUGAACAUCGAAUCUGCAGUCGGCCCCGGCUGCGCGAAUUGGACGGAUCCUACGUCAUAUAUGCUCUCGGCCAUCAAUGAGAUGGCCUUCCGAAUAUCCCUGAGUGCCAGCAAUGCCAAGUUUGGGAAUACUAGCGAGCCACCGCAGCCACAGGUGCUCACCAUGAAGCAGAUGCGUGACAUCAAUGUAUUUAAAUCAGAUUUCCGAUACUUGAUCGCAAGCACGGUAUUAUCUUUUUUCUUUGUUCUUUUAAUUACCCCAACAUUUUACGGCUGGUGGCUGCUUGGUCGGAAUGUAUCGUUGAACCCAAUAGAGACGGCGAAAGCAUUUGAUGCCGAGCUGCUGCAGGGGCCAGGGUCUAAUGCACCGCAAGACGAGCUCAUUCGGAUCGUGGGUAUGCGCAAAUUGAAGCUCGGGGAGAUACAGCUUGAUUACCAAGGUACGGCUGAGACGAAGCUAAAGUUGGUAGACCCAGCAGAUGCGGUUGGGCCCAGAACAGGCACGUUAUAUGCAUGAUUGCAAAAUACAUGUACCUUGGAGUAGAAAUCAAGCAUUAUAAACAUUGAAGGCCUCAACGAGCAGUCAGUAUCAUAUACCCACUGUGGCCUCUAUGAGAUUGCCUGGCCUUAC